UUGCCAUAGACAAAACACGGCGUAAACAAAAGAUGGCGACGCCCACUCACCCGCUUGUGACCAUUUAACUUUUAUUCUACAAAUAUCGUUCUAAUCUAGAUUUCCUAGGACCAAUCGUAAGCAAUUUGUGUUAUUUCCGUUAUUUUAAUUGUUGAGACAAUUAUCAGUGACAUGAAAUAGCUACGCUUCCCGUCUCCUUUCUGAAUGGGUAACACGGAACUGCUUGAUCUUGUCUGUUUAGUCCCGUGCCAUUUAGAACUGCGUAGUGUUUAGAUGAAACCCUUGAUUGGCCGUCGCGUCGCUGCUGUUUAGCGUACGACUACGAAGUGUGACUUUUUGCAGAGAGGAAUAAGGGAACAAACAUGGUGUAUGCUUUCAUCAUCCACACGCUACCUCCUGAUACAUGUCGGGUGCUGUUUUCUUGCACAUUCGGACUGGAAGAUGCCGGGGUUGACGACCAUCGAAUCGAGAACGAGGGCGAUGUCACAGAAAUGAGAACACUUCGGAAAGAACAGAUGGCACUAGUGGCGCGUCAAGUUCAAUCAGAAUUCUCCUUCCAGAAAGCAGUGUCGGAGCGAGUAACCUACAGUGAUGGCUUAAGCAGUGGUCAGGAGGACUGGAUGCGAGAUGCAGAGCUGGGGAUGUUCCGACUAGCAGCCGGCGAUCCCUUUAAGACAGAGAAAAUCGCCGUCUGGUUAGGAGCGGGAAAGACAGGAUUUAUCCUUGUUUGUGAGACACAUGAAAAUCGUCUGCAGGUGGAAAAUCAAUUGCGUUUGUUGGUGAAGAAUUUGCAGGAGCAUGUGAAGGCAGUACGUCAACCAAUUGAAGUGCUUGAGAAGGGGGACCGUGUUAUGGCAGUUCUUCAUCAUUUCUUGCCGUCUGGACGCAUUAUAUUCAUGAACCAUGCUUUAAUCAAACAAACUGAGAAGGAACUUGAUAUUGCAUUACGGAUGAAAUGAAGAAGUAUCCCUUCUGUAAUUUUUUUUUCUUUUUCAUUCCCCCCCCCCCCCCCCUCUUUUUUAUUAUAAAAUUUCAUGUAUAAUAAGAGUAUGAUUUUUUACUUUGAUACAAGGUAUCUCUGCAUAUGCCAUUUGUUGUCUUUUUACUGUACAUUUUUUACUUGCAUGUUAUUUAAAGUAAAACUAAAGUGUUUGCAAGUCAUGCAUUGUAAAAGCUUGGAUGUUUUGAGUUCAUUCAUUUCAUUUACAGUCAAUGUUUUGUUCAUUUGGUUUACAAAUAAUACAAUAUUGUAAUGUUAAAUAUCCAGUCAUAAUCAAUUGUGUGAUAACUGACAGUAUAAAGUCCAAUGGAAUUGUCUCUUUUACAUUCAUGAAUUUUCAAAUAUAUAUAUAAUUAUAUAGAUGUCUAGCUUAGCUACAUAGUUUAUCAAACAUGUUAAGCGUGUAUGAGGGCUGUAAAGAGUACAGCACAUGUAGUGUAAACGUAAUUCUCUUAACCACAGGGUUUGAACACACUGUUCUUUUAUUGUUACAUAUGGAAUUCAUUAUGCAAUGACCUGGUAGAGAUUAUGCCAAUAAAAAAAUGUGUAUGUUUGUUUUACCGCUUUAGGUUCUACAGUAUGGGCAAAAUCUAAAUCAUGUGCAGGUACAUAUAGACGUGGCAGUCUCAUCCUGAAAUAUAUGUACAAUGUUAAGUCUAUCAGAAUAGGCCUAAUUGUAUUCUCAUAGAAGAUGAUUAUGUGAUAUUAUCUUAAUUCGCCUUUCACCUUAGCCACAUGCAGUUGCCAUCGAUAGAUAUAAUGAGGUAGAUUUAAUUAUUAUUAUGGUUACAUGUUUUUUCAUCAAUAUUGAAUACAUGUUGUUGUACAUGUGUUCUACUCAUGUUACAUGAAUAAAGGGUGAUAUACUUUUAGAAUUUGUCACCACAGAUUGUUAUCUUGCUUUCCA